AUGGGACUUUGUUCAUCCAUGCAUCAUGGAACUGAUUUAUCAUAAUCUCUAAGAUUAAAAGCCAUACAAAUUUUCUAAAAAAUUGAUAAAGAGAAUAAAGGAGUAAUUGACAAGAAAACCACUCAAUAAUUUUGGUAUUUAUUCUUUCUAUUAAUUUCUUUUAGGUAAUCUAACUUUGCUAAGAUUAAUACUGAAGCUCUAUUUAAAGCAGUAGAUUUUGAUAAUUCAGGUGAUAUUACUAUUUAAGAGUGGCUGACUUUUUGGAAAAUUGUGAAGAAAACUGGGUAUACUGAAUAAGAAAUUAAUGAAGAAGUAUAGCAUACAUUCUAAAUUUAGCUUGAUGAAUUAAUGCAAGGAAAAGCUUGGGUUUAAUUUAGAGUUGUUGAUUAAUUUAUUUAAGUUGAUAAAAAUAGAAGAAGAUCUCAAAUUCCUCAAAUAGUAAUGGAAGAAUAAAUGAUGACUCUUAGAAAAACUAAAACAGCUGAAAUGAAAUGA